AUGUCGUCCAUUGUCAAUCUAACCAAUACGAUUAACAUUGAUCAUCGCGCCGCACCUUUGCAUGCGCUGUUGAACAACGCUAGUUCAUCAAAUUUUAUUCGACCUAUAUCUUCAUUAUCUUAUAAUACAAACUGGAGCAUAUACCAUAUACCUGGUCCACCAUCAUCAUCAUUUCUAACAUAUUCUUUGUCGUCAUCUUCUUCAUUAACGACGACACUUGUUGCAACAGAAAAUAGAUAUUAUCCAUUUUGGUUAUUAGUCAUUGUAGCUAUAUUUGGUAGUGUAACAUCGGUAUUAACAGUUUUGGGAAAUAUUCUUGUUAUGCUCGCCUUUUUUCUCGAUCGACAAAUUCGACAGCCAACUAAUUAUUUUAUACUUUCAUUAUCUGUUAGUGACUUUCUUAUUGGACUUUUAUCUAUGCCUCUACUUACAAUAUAUAUCUAUGCUAAAGACUGGCCAUUGAAUGCCAUUAUAUGUGACAUAUGGCUUUCGCUGGAUUAUACUGUUUGUCUAACAUCAAUUUAUACGGUGCUGUUCAUUACAAUUGAUCGUUUUUGUUCGGUUAAAAUGCCAGCAAAAUAUAGAAAAUGGCGUACACGUAGAAAAAUUAAUAUUAUGAUUGCUGUGACAUGGGCAGGUGUUGCUAGUAAUCUUGAACGAAAAUCAAGAGAAAAUGCACGGAAAAUGUCAUCACUCGUCGGUACGGCCAGGAAUGCAAUGACACAAAUAGGUGCUGGUAUUGGAGUAAAUAAAUCUCCUACAAAACCUAUCAUUGAUAAACGAAAUCUUUCAAAUCGUAAAAUGGAUUCAACAACAGCUGAUGAUUAUGAUGAUGAAGAUCCACAAAAUUUACUCGCACAUAGUGUAAUAAAUACUCAAAACAGUAGUAAUUCAUCAGAUCAACGACGUAUCGGCGGUGUUGAUGAUGAUAACUCAAAUUCAUUUGAGUCACAUUCUGAUUUUGAUUUAGCGAAUCCUAGUGAAAAAAAAUCAGGUACACCAAAUAAUUCAAAUGAAAAAUCUUCUCGACAAAAGAAUCGUCGAGGUAGAAGCGUUAAUUGGGGCAAUAGUCAAACAUCAACUAUCAAUGUAUCAUCGGCAAGAACAACAAAUACAGAUAGACGUAGCCGUCCAAUUGGUGCACCAUCAAAUCAAAAGCAUGCUUCUAAUGUGAAAUUUUUUGCUACAUCUAUGGCACAUUCACUUUAUAGAAAUCCAAUACGUUUAAGUGGCUUAUCAUCGACAUUAAAAACAAAAGGAAGUAAUCCAGCACUAAAUAAAAAUUCAACACAGUUAAAUUCAAAUCAACAACAAGUAUCUGGUACAUUGACACCAAUUCCAUCCGAACCUGAACUUUUAACAUGUCGAGUUCCUCCUCCACCACAACCCCGACCUGAAUCGUUAGCAAUUAUGUCCGAAGAAUUAUUUCAUCAACGACUUAAAGCUCGUCAAUCACCAUUAUUAAUUGAAACAUCAAUGAAAUCGUCAAUAAAAUCGUCAUUAAAUGUUAAUCAACAACUAUCAGCAAACUUUCCUUCAACAUCAUCAUUUCUUUUGGAUAAACAUUGCAUUGAGGAUGUUACUUAUUCAACACCAAAUCAAAUAAUUUCUACUAGUUCUGAUCAAACAAUAACUAAUCAAACAACUCCACCACCAUCACCAGAAGAACAACAAAAAAAAUUAAUUGAGAUCAAAGAUUAUCCCAUUGAAAUAUCAAAAGAAGAAGAACAAAAAGCACAAGAGCAAGAACAUGAACAAAAACAAAAGCAACAGCUACAGCAACAACAAGAAAAAGAACAAGAACAAGAACAAGAACAACAAGUAUCAUCAUCAAUUAAGACAAUUAUUAAUACUGGUGGUGACUCAUCUGAUGAAAGUUGGCGUUUACUUAAUAGCAAUAGUAGUCUUGAUGAACAUAUACCUUAUAUUGAUGAAACUGAUUUUGAAGAUUUAGGAUACAUACUACAUCGUCGUCGUGUUCCACCAAAAGAUUCUAGUGAACCAAUUCAUGAAGAAACUAUUAUAUAUAAAUCACCUUUUUAUAUUAAAAAUAAACAUAGGUCAAAAUCAUCUAUUAUUUCACUUAAUAAUACAACAAAUGAUAAUGGUAUUAAUAGAAAAAUUUAUGAAAUCUAUGGAAAUCAUCAAGAUGCACAUAAAGCUAUAUUAGAAUCUUCAAUAUUUGAUAAUGUUGAAUUAAUAACAUAUGCAUGUACACAGUCUGAUGCAUCUCCAAUAAGUCAUUGUAGUUUACGUAAUGUUCCACGUGAAGCUUUACUUAAAACAAUGUCUCAGCCAUCAUCAAUACCACCACGUAUAAAUAAUUCCAAUGGCAAACACGUUACAUCAUCAAUUAUAUUUGUAUCAAAAGCUAAAACAUCAACAUCACCAAUAUCAUCAAUGAAACAGAUACAACAACCAAUGAUAACUUCCAUACAAAAUGUUGAUGUUGAAAGAGCAUUAUUUGAUUUUUAUCAAUGUAGUCAAAUCAAUGAUAUUGAUAAUUGUUUACCAAAUAAUAAUGAAAAUAGUGAGAGUGAAGAUCUUGAAUAUUCAUUAUCAAAUUAUAAUGAAAUAUGUGAAGAAACAUCAUCCUUACUUCGACUUAAUGAACAACAUUCAUCAGCAUUUCUUGACGAUGAAUCAGGUGUGGAUGAUUAUUCUUUAAAAACAAAACAAACCCAACAAUCAAGACGUCCUACAUAUUCACAAAAUAACAAUCAUUUUAUGAAAAUGAUGAUGUUAAAUAAAACUCGACGAAAUUUAACUAUUGAUACAACAAGUGAUGAUCGAACAACAACAAAUAGUUUUAGUUUAAAUACAUAUAGUCAAGAUUUUUCUAUCGAUAAAAUAUAUCAAUAUGAUUCUUCGUCAUCAUAUAAACAACAAUUUAAUAUAUCAUCACCAAAUCGCCCGAUGUCACAACAUAGCUGGUGUAGUUCAUCGUCAACAGCAACAGCAACAGCAGCAACAACACCUUCAUCAUGUCAGGAGAAACAAAUGCCACUUUUGUUAUUACGUACAUCGUCACCUCAACAUUUUUUAACAGCUAUAGAAAAAAAACGAACUACAUCAUCUGAUUCCGAUGGUAUUACAACAACCACAACAACACUAACUAAUAGUACACAAUAUGAAGGUCGUGAUAUUGAUAAAACUAAACAAAAAACUACCAAUUCUAUUUCUCAAGAUGUAUUGCGUGCAUCUAAUAAAUUAAAUGCAACAACAAUAACAGAUGAGUCAGAAAUUGAAAAAAAUCAAACAAAAGAAACUGUUCUAAUAAUGAAUAAAGUCAUUGAUAUCGAUACAAAAUAUCAUUCAUUAUCAGAUACAUUAAUACGUGAUAAUGAUACAUCAGGUUAUGGUUCACAUGAUGAUCCAUCAUCAAUCAAUAAUCGCGUAUCAUCAAAAGUUACAUUCGAUAGUUUCAUGACACACAAUUCAGCUCCAUCAUCUCCAAAAACAAAAGAUCAAUCAAUAAUGACACAAACUGAUGUCAGAGAACGUUUGAAUCAAACAAAUAAUACUAGUCAUGAACCAAUACAAGAUAGUAGCGAAAAUAAAAAUGGACGCAUGGUCGUUAUUAGUGAAGGAACAGUUACAAGUGGAUCAACGUCAGCUAAAUCAAGUUUUAAAGAACUAGCACAAAAUCAAAAAACACCUACUCAUAGAAAAUCAAAAUCACAAAAUCGAGCUCGAAAAGCUUUAAGAACUAUAACGUUUAUUCUUGGCGCUUUUGUCGUUUGUUGGACUCCAUGGCAUAUGUAUUCUGCUAUUCAUUCAUUAUGCGAAUCAUGUAAAACUAAUUGGAUAUUUUCAAAUCCAAUGUUUCAUUGUUUUUAUUUUCUUUGCUAUCUUAAUUCACCGAUCAAUCCGUUUUGCUAUGCGUUGGCCAAUCAACAAUUCAAAAAGACAUUCACAAGAAUUUUAAAAUUGGAUUUACGCCGUCUAUAA